AUGGCAAAGAGAAUCCGGCGACCUCGUGAGCCUUCUGUUGGUGAGUGCUGUGGUUCGGGGUGUACAAGAUGUGUUUAUGAUGUGUAUUAUGAUGCACUGAAGGCGUACGAGGAGCAGAAACUCUCUAGCAAUGAGGAUGAUGAGGAGUCUGUUGAGAGCAGCUCGGAAGAGGAAGACGACGCCAAGGACUACAUCGGCUCUGUUGUGAUCAAGUACCUCAACGAAAUGCCGCCCAAAGACGUCGCGAGGGCUGAGGAUAGGAUCCAUAAGGAGCUAGAGAGCAAAUAUACCCCGCUAGGACACAUUCAGCUUGUGAAAAGUAGCGAUACGGGGGUUGACGCACCUUCCAUCAACAUUCUUUCUGCUCAGCCGGUAUCGGGUAUUCCGAUCCCGUACCCAGGAGACGUUGUUGAGAUAUUGGUGCCGAACGAUCACCCUGCACUCGAGAACUGCGUUGAGCAUCUCUGCGAGAGACUUAUGGUGAAUCCGAACGCGGGGUGCGUGUUGCAAUGCUCGCCGUUUGUUCCGGAGGAUCAAUUUCCUCCCUGGCUGCCAAUGGACGUUCCCCUCACGGUUCGUCAGUUGCUUUCAAACUACGUGGAUAUCAGCAGUUGCAGCUACCUCCUCCGCCCGACCUUCUUCCAGAGCCUGUUGCGGCUUUACAACAACGAUCAACAGAGGGGGGGGAGUGGCGCUACGACGCUAAAUGCUACCUCCUCGCUGGGCACUCCGGAUUUGCUCAAGAGGUGCGCAUCUGUGACGGAUGGGGUGGAAGUGUUUAGAUGCAUCUCAAAUAGCGGCAAUCCACUUUGUUAUCCUUCCCUAAUGGAUGUUUUAGACCUCUUUCCGUUCGUGAAGCUACCGCUUGAGCGGAUGCUGGAGAUCACCGGGCCUCUUCAGCCGCGGAAGUUUAGCAUCGCCAACCACGAGGCGCUUUUGGACGAUCAGGCGAAAUCUGUAGAGCUUUGCCUGCGCCGUGUGGUAUCUCACCGAAGGGCAUCAUCCAAAGCUCUUGGUGGCAACGAAACGGCCCUUCACUUGGCGAAUUUACUAAAUAACAUCGCCAUACAAAGAGCAGCUCGCAAUGAAAUGUCAUCCUCAUUCUUUUUUGGUCAUACCACAAAUCCUUUAGUUUGGGAAGCCACUCGGGGUGGGGCACGGCAGUUCCUCGAGCGUAAGGUUUACAUGGGAACUUCCCUCUUCGGUACCUCUUCUUUUAGCCGAGAGCUCAAAAAGGCGCUUUUUCACCUUGUUUCAGGUAGUAUUGAACGGUGUGCGGCGCCGGUUAUUAUGUUAGGAGCGGGAACGGGAAUUGCUCCUUUAAUAGCGGGAGUUCGCGAGUUGAUGAGGGGGCGAAGGGAGAAGGGGGUUGCGAUUUCUUCUGCCCCAUACCCCUGCAUGGUGAUGUACGGUAGCAAAUCUAAGGCGGAGUUGGUAUACCACGAGGAGCUUCUUUCUGCCUGGAAAUGUGGCGCUAUUAAUUCAUACGAGUACGCUCUCUCACGUCAGGCAGAUGGGGGUAAAGGCGGCGAGCGUGUAACCGAUCUUAUGGAGAAGAAUGCGGAUUACAUCAGAGAAUCGCUCUUAUGUCUUCAGGGCAAACUUUUUUGCUGCGGUCCGGCGAAGGCUAUGGAAUCCAUCCGAAGCCUUUUGGAAAAAAAGAUACUUGCCGACCCUGACGAUGAUGAAAGCAUGCAACAACAUCGCAUUCACUUUUUAACAGAAAAGAAGCAGAUCAUGUUUGAUGUCUGGACUGCGAUCGAUUUUAUGAGUUAA